GCAGAAGAAGAAACUUUGGCAUAAGAAAGAAGCAGUCAUUAGCAGCCAGCCAUUCAAUCCGUUUCACUCAUCUUCACGGAUGUCCGACUCCCUGAGCUUUGCCGCUUUGCCUCAACGAAGAGAGAAACUCAGUGUCGAGCACUUGCAUCCCCGCGAGUCGAGCCAUGCGUGUCGCUGCCGUAGCCUCAUUGAUCCCCACAGUGGCCUCCGCUUUUACAUGCCCUGGCUCCUGGAGCCCGGUACACGCAUGGGCCGAGGUGGAGGCCUCUGUGAAUGCCAGUUGCCAGGAUGUGAUGCAGGAGAUCAAGGCUCGUGUAACAGGAGAGUGGCACGACCCACACAAUGGAGGCACCUACUCCUUGCAGCAUGAGGGGCCAUUGAGGUUCGAUUUGGAGCGUGUCACCGGCAACAAGCUCUUCACGGACAAGAUGAUCUUUGAGUUUGUGGAUCGAGCUAACUCCUUUCCAAGCUGUGAAAUCAACGCUUGCUCCGAGUCGCAGAUUUUCUCGAUCAAGGAUUUCUCAACAAAUUACUGCAAUCUCCGCAACCUUUACUGCGGGAAAGGAGAUGGCUGUGUGCCGGUGCUUCAUGACUUCCACUCCUACGAGCUUGAUGUUGAGACUUCCAAGUUUGCGGGGAAAGACAAGGAUGCUUGCAUCGUCGAGCCUGAGACUGAGAGAACCACCCCGAUGCUGCGUGCCACCCCACAGACGCAAGAUGUUCUUCUGGGUGCAACUGUUGAUGAGACACUUGCUUGCAUCAGCGACAAUUGCCCCCUGGACGAGUUUACUUUGCAGCCCAAGCCCAGUUGCGUGCUGGGAAAUUGCACCAGCAAUCUGGCCAAAUGCCUUUUCUCCUCCAGUUGCCGCCAUGGCGUUAUGUGUGAGCUGAAGUGUACGGAGCCUCUGGCGAAGACAGCGGAAGCUGAGCACUUCUCCUCACUCAUGGAGUGCAUGCGCGUGCAUUGCCCAGGAUUCCCCCCAGAGAAGACCUGCGCUGCACUGCAUUGUGGUGUUGAGGCGGCCUCCUGUGCAGUGCAUUCCAAGUGCCGUCAUGCCUUGGAGUGCGCGGACAAGUGUGUGCCUGGCAAGUACGCGGCUGCAUUGGCAGCCAUGCCUCGCGAAACCAUCAUUUGAAAGAUUCAGUGAGACACUGAUGACGUUCCACUUGACUUGGAUUGUACUGAUUAGACAUUUUGCAAGAUCCCACAUGGCAAGGGUCAUGCUGGGAGUCACGGAAGCAGCUAUGUCAAUUAAAAGCAUUGUUGCAUGUGCCACCUAUCACUGACAUAUUUUGAGACUCUAGCUAUUGUCAAUAGAAGACUACCCACCA